CGACAAAGAUAAGUUGACCGGCUCUAACUUCUUAGACUGGCAAAGAAACCUCAUUAUCGUUCUUUGACUCGAGAAGAAAGAAUACGUGCUCGAACGAGCCAUCCCACCUGUCCCGGCCGCCAAUGCUUCUAGAGAAAUCAAGGAUACUUAUGAGAAGCAUGUUAAUGAUGACAGUGAGGUGGCUUGUCUCAUGUUGGCUACGAUAACUUCUGACCUUCAGAAACAUCACAAGAGUAUGAAGGCGUACGAUAUGAUCAUACACCUAAGACAGCUCUACCUAGGACAAGCUAGGCAUGAGAGAUUCCAAAUCUCCAAAGCUCUAUUUAGUUGCAAGUUAUCAGUUGGAAACCCCGUUGGUCUGCAUGUUCUCAAGAUGAUUGGCUACGUCCAAACUCUUGAGAAAUUGGGUUUCGAACAAAGGAUUGAACUUGCGACUGAUCUGAUUCUGCAAUCGUUGCUGGAAUUGUAUAAGCAGUUUGUGGUUAAUUACGAGAUGCAUGAACUCGAUAAACCACUGCCUGAACUUUUGAAGAUGCUGCAAACUGCCGAAGAGAGCUUGACAAAAGGAAAGGGGAAUUCUGUCCUUCUGGUUCAAGGAGGAAAAGUCAAGAAGAAGUUUAAGAAAGCACAGAAGAAUGGACAUAAAGGCAAGGGUAACACCGAACCAAAGUCCAAUUCUUCUAAGCUCAAGCCUAAAGGUCGAGUGGCCAAAGAUUCCAUUUGUCAUCACUGUGGUGAAGUUGGCCACUAGAAGAGGAAUUUCAAGCAGUAUUUGGCAACCAAGAAAAAGUGUGAAGCUUCUGCUUCAGGUACAAUUGGUGUAAAGACUUAAACUAAUCUACAAUCUCUUCAAAAGUAUUUGAUACUUAUAGUAUUGCAAACCGUUGCAGGAACUGAAGAGAACAAGUAGGAGUAUUGAUCUUGAAGAUGCAAGGGUUGCAGCUCAGUGGCGCAUUAGUUUAAGUUUUA